AUGGGCCUCGGCUCCAUCAACCGCUCCAGCAGCACGCAGAUGGCCCAGACAUUCGUCAACGACCGCAUACGCAGGGUGCUGGAGGCCGCCCACCUGGUCUCCCAAAUCACUAGUGAUGCCCAGGCGCACUUCGAGUCUGCGGUGCUGCCUGCCGUGGCUCCCAGCGUGGCCGACCACGGCGCCGCGGCGGGCGCCCUGCUGGCACUGCUCAGGGCCGCGGAGGACGGCGUGACGGCGGUGCUGCGGCGCGCGGUAGACGUCUUUAUCACGCAGCUCGAGCGCGUGCUCUACAGCGAGCAGCGCCGCGCCGAUUUUGUCCCGCGCGACGACGCGCUGUCCUUCGACCGUCCGACCUCCGCCUGCCUCAUGGGCACCGGCAUGCUGAGCGCGCUGGGCGCGGCGGCGCACGACACGCUGGAGGGGCCCAACCUCACCGCGCUGCUGUCAGAGGUGGGCCGCCGCACCCACGCGGUGCUGCUGCAGCACAUGGGCCGCUACACCUACUCCCCCACGGGCGCCCUCAAGUGGAAGAAAGACGUGGCGGAGUAUGCAGAGGCCCUGGGGGCUUACGGGGUGCCCGCGGUGGACGAGGAGAUGGCAGCUUUGCAGCAGACGGUCAACGUGCUGGUGGUGGCGCCUGAGAGCCUCAUGGGCCUCGUAAACGGCAGCCUGCGCAUGGCACACAGAGACGCCCUGCGCGUGAUCAGCCUGCGGGAGGACUUCAAGACGGCAAAGGUGGACGGCAAGACGCUCGGCCAGCUCUUCAGCGGCGCAGUGGAGGGGGUCAUGUCCAUACGCGUCUGA